AUGAAGCUCAUUGUAGCUGGUGCGACAGGUUUAGUCGGCUCAGAACUCAUCAAACAGAGCUUACAGAUGAGUGCCAUCACGCAGGUGAUCGCCUUGGCGCGGAAGCCUGUCCAGAUCGACAACGUGGACUCGUCCAAGCUGAAGAAUGUCACGAUUAAGGACUACGGCGAAUAUUCUGAACAAGUGAGGUCUGAGCUCGCUGCGGCCGAUGCGUGCAUAUGGACAGUUGGAGUGACGCCUCUCAAAUCCAAGAGUUUUGACUUUUCGGAGGUGAAGCGCAUAUGCCAGGAUUGCACCCUGGUUGGAUUCAAAACCAUCUAUGAGGCUGGCUCUAGACGGCCCUUCCGCUUCGUGUAUUUCAGCGGUGAGGGUAUCAUGGAAGACCCCGGUGCCAAAAAGCCAUUCUUCUUGGGCGAUUACAUGAUUAUGCGCUCCAGGACAGAAGCUAUGGUUCGAAAACUCCCUGAGGAAUACCAAGGUAUCGAGGUCUGCGUGGCUCGGCCUGGUAUGAUAACUAGCUCAAAUACAUGGGCAAGAGCCGCGAUGGCUUCUGCUUUCAGCGCGACAAAUUUCUUUACUCGCGCUAUCCCAAAUGUUACGCUGGAGGAGGUUUCAUCUGCGGUGCUGAACCAAAUUGUUAAUGGAUUUGAGAAGGAAGUGCUCUCAAAUGCUGAUUUGGUACGACUUGGACAAGCGGCUUACGAAGUGAAGGAGACAUAG